ACGGCACCACCGGGAAGGCAAAACCAGACUCCAGCCACCAAGCGGAUCUAUUACAUGAAAUGAGACACCUCCAUGCGGCAGAUCUGGAAAUGCUCACGACCGAAAUUACUGUAGUAACGGCAUGUACACAGGCCUCUGAGGAAGACAUCCUAGACCUGAAGCAGGAGGUGCAGAGCUUGAGAGAAGCUUUCCAACAAAUUCAAUCCUCUCACACUUCCCUAACAAUUAGUGCUGACCUGGCAGAGGACCGCCACAGAUGCACAAACCUCAAGAUUUAG